GGCUGCACUCAGCGUUUAAUAACAAAAUAAAAGGUUUAAACAACGGAAUACAAAACAGGACACGGCACUUGACGCCAAAAUAAACAGACAGACAAAACGGACUAGACAGUGCACAACACACAGACGAACAAACACGGGUUGCUGGCAGCAGGCUGGCUGGAUGUCUGGUAUCAGAGCGCUCCUGGGACUCGGGGUGUUAGUGACGACUCGCUGUGUACGAGGAGGCAGGGCUUAUACCAGGAGUGGGGCGUGUCCUGCAUCCAGUGGGUGGGGCCAGUUGAACUGGGCGUGUCCUAAAGCUGGUAUCUCCACAAUGGAAACGACAAAACAACUGAAAUACCUCAGUCAGGAGGAAGCACAGCACAUUGAUGAGGAGCUCUUCACUGAGUACCGCUUCAGUGUGGAUCAGCUGAUGGAGCUGGCUGGGCUGAGCUGUGCUGUUGCCAUUGCUAAGGGCUACCCCGCGGCCUCUUUCCCCAGAGAGAGCCCCACAGUGCUGGUGCUGUGCGGCCCGGGGAACAACGGGGGCGACGGGCUGGUGUGUGCGCGACACCUCAAACUCCUUGGCUAUGAGCCCACCAUCGUGUACCCAAAACGGCCCAACAAGCCCCUGUUUGAGAACCUGACCACCCAGUGUGAGAAAAUGGGCAUCCCCUUCCUGCCCGAGCUUCCAACAGAGCCUCAGCUUAUCGACCAGGCCUACAACCUGGUGAUCGACGCCAUCUUCGGCUUCAGCUUCAAGGGGGUGGUGCGGGAGCCCUUCGGCACUAUCCUGAGCACCCUGAAGAGGGCGACGGUGCCCAUCGCCAGCAUCGACAUCCCCUCAGGCUGGGAUGUGGAAGCAGGGAGCCCCGAUGGGCUGCAGCCAGACAUGCUCAUCUCUCUCACUGCACCCAAGAAAGCUGCUCUGCUCUUCCGAGGACGCUACCACUACCUGGGGGGGCGCUUCGUCCCUGCUGCCCUGGAGCGCAAGUACCAGCUGAACCUGCCCCCCUACCCCGGCACGGAGUGCGUGCAGCGGCUGCUGUAGAGCAAGCACAGCCCCUAGGCUCGCACAGCUUCAUGACAAAGAGAACAGUGAGGUUUGCUGUAACUGACCCAUUGCGUGGGGAUGGGAAUACAAUAUUAAUUUAAUACAUUACCAAAGCCUUGAUGUGGAACGCUAGCACUAGGAAUUCUACAAACUUCAGCUGAAGUUAUGUUAAACAAGUUUGUAGUUGUUGCCUUUUAUAUAAAAACUUAAACUUAGCGGUACACUGAAGAAGGAACUAGCCGAAUUGUUUUGUAUCGUUGACUUAAUUUCUGAAAAGUUGAGAAUGAGCGUUUUGAUGUCACUGAAGAAAAGGCAAAGCGAUUCCAAAACAAAGACAUGAUCUCUUUAAACAAAGUCGAUAUAUAUAGAAAUCUGGAACUUUACAUCCAUUCCCAAAACUGUGGGUACAUUUCAAGUUAACAUAUCUUGGUAGUCUACUAUUAAAUGCAUUACUUGUGUAACUGAUUUAUUAAGUCUUGUAAGGACGCUGUAUUCUUUGGCUAGUUAUCGAAAGCAAAAAAUAACCAGUUUUCCAGAGAUUGAGGAGACAUUUUCAAUGUAUUUUAUGUUUUACAGCAGCCUGGUAGAAAACAGGUUUCAAUUCACAAGAAAAUGAACAAUGUUCUUGUUUAGCUCAGUAUUCUAUUGGCUGGGGUUUGCUUUGGUUUUUCAUUUUGGAUUAUAUACUAAACAAAUAAAUGAUGUACAUGCAAUAAUACAA